AAAGCACAAAAAGAAAGCAGCAGGCCUCGAACGAAACAACAAGCCGAGUAGAAGCUAUCCGAGUCAAUAAUCAACGACUACCAUGCCGAACGGAAACUGGAUCCUCGGUGAUCUUUUCACAAAAAACUAUGGCCAUCGCGGCAGCAUCGCCAAACUAUGGGAAACCCGCUGGAAAAUGCCCUGCCAGCGCUCCGUAUACCCCUUCCACGACGGCAGCUACGAGGACUUCGAGCCCAUCUUCCAACACCUGAUCGCUGCCAAGAUCAACGACCCCUACUCAGACGACUACACAAACGCCUUCUUGCCAACCGCGCGUGAGCUGGUCAAGAAAGCUCAAGAUCUGUCGAAAUUGGGCGCGAGCUCGAAAGUCGAGCAUAAAGAGGAGGCGAAGAAGUUGUAUUUCAGGGCGAAUGCGGUGUUCAGGCUUGCGAGAUUCCCGUACAUUGGGACCGAGUUGAAGAAGCGGGUUUUUGAAGAGCAGAAAGAGGCGUAUAUGCAGGGUACGCAGCUCUGGGAUAUCCCGAUUACGGAGGAGAUUAUUCCGCAUGACAAUGCUGCGAAUGGCGAUGGCGACUCCAUACCGCUGUAUAUCCGGCAUCCCAAGGGCGACGGUCCUUUUCCAACGAUUCUACUAAUUACAGGCCUCGAUGGGCAUCGUCCAGAUAACACGGAGCGCACGGAAGAGCACUUGCGCCGCGGCUGGGCAACAGUGAUCUGUGACAUCCCCGGCACCACCGUCGACUGUCCAGCGAACAAGCGAGAUCCACUGUCCCCAGACAGACUGUUCACCACAAUCCUGUCGUACAUCGUGCAAAACCCGCAACUGGACGAGAAGCGCGUCAUCGCGUGGGGUCUCAGUGCCGGCGGAUAUUACGCCAUCCGCCUUGCGCACACGCACCGAGAGAAACUGAUCGGCAGCGUCGGCCACGGCGCAGGCACACACUACUACAUCGGGCGCGAGUGGCUCUCGGAAAUAGACAAACACGAAUACCCCUUUGGUCUCGAACGUGCGUACUGCCAGAAAUACGGAUACGCCGACUUCGAAGAGAUGAAGGCGCGGUGUCAAGACGAGUUCAGCCUUGUCAGCGGCAAAGGAGAGGGUGUUGCGGUGGUGAGCCAGGGGUUGCCGAGUUGCAGGAUGUUGCUGAUCAAUGGGACGUUGGAUGGGUGUAUGCCGGUCGAGGAUAGUAUGUUGCUUGCUGAGUAUGGGAGUCCGAAGGAGAUGCGGUUUAUUAAAGAUAGGCUACAUAUGGGGUAUCCUGAGGCGAAUGGGACGGUAUUUCCGUGGUUGGAGGAGGUCAUGGCGAGUAAGGCAGGGUAGAUGUCCUAAAUUUG